AUGGGCUCCUCCUCCUUGAAGAAGUUUAUAAAGGAUGUCAGAGCCGCAAAGACUUUGGCUGAUGAAAGAUCCAUCAUCUCCAAGCAAUCCGCCAAGAUUAGAACAAAACUAAGAGACGACCAUCUCUCACAUUCCAAGAGAAGAUCAAACAUCGAGAAAUUGCUGUACUUGUACAUUCUCGGCGAGAAAACCCAUUUCGGACAAGUGGACUGUAUUAAUCUCAUUGCGUCCGAUGAUUUCAUCGAUAAGAGACUCGGAUAUUUAGCAUCCAUGUUACUCUUGGACGAAUCAGAGGAUUUGUUGACUUUAUUGACUAAUAUCUUGAGUAAUGAUUUGCAGCAUCCAAAUAAAUAUAUCGUUGCCCUCGCAUUGAACGCAUUGGGUUCAUUGACUUCAAAUGAAUUGGCAAGAGAUUUAUUCCCCAAUGUACUUCAAGUUAUACAAAAUCCAAAUUUUAAAAAUGAACCAUUUAUAUUGAAAAAAUCUUUCCAAUGUUUAGCUAAAUUGAUAAUGAAGGAUUAUUCAUUAUUGGAAAUUCUAGAUAUUAAAAUCGUGGAAGAUGUCUUGUUCCCAAAAUCUUUCUCCAACGGCAACAAGAUUGAUAAUGGAUUAUUAUUAAGUAUUUGCAGAAUUAUACAAUCCAUCUUAUUAACCAUUGACCAAAAGGAACAAGAGGAUUUAUCCACUGAGGAUAAUGAGGAAAUUUUAUUCCGUGAAAAAGUGCACAAUUUAUUGAUCGUGGGAAUUGCACCCUUUAUACCAAUGUUUUUCGAAAGAUUAUUGGAUUUAAAUUCUAAAAAUUUAGAUUCCAAUUAUGACGUUCAAGGUAUCUCUGAUCCAUUUUUACAAUGUGAUUUGAUUUACACUUUAACUUUAUUAUUCAAAUUUCAAUCAAGAUUUAAUGAAAUUUCCAUGUAUAAUGAUAAAUUCAUUAAUUUAUUAAUUCAAAUCGCUAAUAAUACCGAUUCUACAAAGAACCCAGGUAAGACAAUCUUGUAUCAAACAACAAAGACUAUCUUCCUUUUAAACCAAUACAACUUUGAUGAUGAUCAAAUUAAACCAUUGACCACUUUAGGAAUUAAUACUUUGGCCAAUUUCUUAAAAGUGAAAGAUAAUAACAUUAAAUAUGUCGCCUUAAACACUCUUUUAAAAGUGAUACCACAGGAUCCAAUAGCGGUUCAAAGACAUAAGAAAUUCAUUCUAAAUUGUUUAAAUGAUCAUGAUAUCUCCAUAAAGAUGAGAUCCCUUGAAUUAACAUUCGCCAUAUUGAAUAAUGAAAAUUUAAGAGAAUUAACUAAUGAACUAUUAAUUUUUUUGGAAAAGAUUAAUAAGAAUCAAAAUUCAAAUUUCAACGAUGAUUUCGAAAAUUUAAUUGUCUUUAUCGUCGAUAAUUUAAUCUUAUCAUUUAAUUUAUUUUCAUCAAAUAAUGGUACAGAGGAGGAUGAUCAAAUGUGGAAAUUGAAAAUUUUAAUCAAAGUUUUGAAAUUAGUGGGCAAUUUUAUCAACUCAACGGAAAAGAUUAAUGAUAUAUUAAUUAACUUUAACAAUACCAAAAAUAUAGAUGCUAAAUUUGAAAUCAUCUCAAAGAUGUUAUCAGUAUCAUUGAAUAUAAAUGGUAAUGGCAAUGAUGAUGAUAAUGAUACCACUAAUAACAAGGAUGAAAAUUUAGCUUGGAACUUAAUUUCAGUAUGGUGUAUUGGUGAAUAUGCAGAUUUCGUCUUGAUUAAUCCAGUGACAAACACAAAACUUGUUAACGAAAUAUCAUUGACCAAAUAUUUAAUUCAAAUGGAUAAUGAUUUCAAGAUGAAUUGUCCCAAACUAAUUCAUUAUGUAUUAACUGCAGCAUUAAAGUUAUCAGUAAAGAUUAAUGAUAAGAAAUCCAUUGAAUCAUUAAGAAAGUUAAUAUUAUCUCACACAAAGGAUUCAAACCUACUCAUUCAAAUGAAGGCAGUGCAAUACGAUUUGAUAUUCAAUCAACCAGCUACAACAAAGAAAAUUUUGUUAGAUUCAAUGCCUAACUUUGAAAGAAAUAGCGAAAAGGAAAAAUCCGCUAUAACUGAAAAGAAAACUGAGAAAAAACCAUCAAAUGAUUUAUUACUAGAAUUGUUAAAUAUUGAUGAAGAUGCCACUCCAAUUCCAAAGGAAAACCCAAAAAAUUUACUGGCUGAAAUCUUAUCUCAAACGGCAACGACAACCAUGACAAACACAUCAUCAACGACAAAUUCAGUACCAGAAAUAUCAUUACCGUCAACCGCUAUAAGCAUCCAUAAGGGCCAGUACAUUGAAGUAUUUUCCGAUAUAAUACCCAAUAAUAUACAACCAAAUUCUAUUCAAAUUGAAUUAUACUUCAAACCAUCAAUAACAAUAAGUGAUUUGAAACCAUUAUGUGCAGUGACGAAGACUCAAAAAUUAACCUUGGGCCAAUUAUAUCCCUUAUCAAAUACUAUUCCUAUGGGAUCUAUCUCCAAACAAAAUUUAAAGAUUACUGGGUCAGGCAAGUUAAAAUUACGAGUUAAAUUAAAUUUUGAAAAAGAUGAUGAUAAGAUGGAAAUAAAUGAUCAAUUUGACCAUAAAUUUGAUCAGGUUUUAUAG